AUGGCUGUUUGUGCAGCAACUGGCCAUUCUGCUUAUUUUUGGAUCAAGAGGAGGAAGUGUUUACAGUUGCCCAGUAACUGUUGCACAUCUUUAUAACCAGAGUCCUACAAAUCCCCAUCAGUCAGUUUAUGAUAUUGAAAACAAUGGCUAUUGUAAAACACGCACAUGCAUGAAUGUACCAAACAACAGCUGGAGAGGUGGAGGAAAGCGCAAAGGUAAAAGCAAAAAAUGGAAGGAAAUCCUGAAGUUUCCUCAUAUUAGCCAGUGUGAAGAUCUUCGAAGAACAAUAGAGAGAGAUUAUUACAGUUUAUGUGACAAGCAACCAAUAGGAAGACUUCUCUUUCGGCAGUUCUGCGAGACUCGCCUGGAGCUGCAGUGCUGUAUUAAGUUCCUUGAUUCAGUGGCAGAAUAUGAAGUAUUUCCAGAUGAAAAAUUGGGAGAGAAAGGCAAAGAAAUUGUGAUGAAAUACCUCAUCCCAGGGUCUCCAGUUUAUGUAGCAGAAGCCAGUCAAGAUCUUGUACAGCAGAUAAAAGAAAAACUUGAAAACAGCCCGUGUAAAGAGCUGUUCUCACCCUGUGUAAAGUCUGUUCAUGAGUACCUAAGUGGAGAGCCUUUCCAAGAAUACUCAGACAGCAUGUAUUUUGACAGAUUUCUCCAGUGGAAAUGGCUAGAAAGACAACCAGUAACAAAAAACACAUUUAGGCAAUACAGGGUAUUAGGAAAAGGCGGCUUUGGAGAGGUAUGCGCCUGCCAAGUACGAGCAACUGGGAAAAUGUAUGCAUGCAAAAGAUUAGAGAAAAAAAGAAUAAAGAAGAGGAAAGGUGAAUCCAUGGCCCUAAAUGAAAAGCAGAUUCUAGAAAAAGUCAAUAGUCAGUUUGUAGUCAAUCUAGCCUAUGCCUAUGAAACAAAGGAUGCACUCUGUUUAGUUCUAACCAUAAUGAAUGGGGGAGACCUGAAAUUCCAUAUCUAUAAUAUGGGAAACCCAGGCUUUGAAGAAGAAAGAGCUCUGUUUUACGCUGCAGAGAUUCUUUGUGGCUUAGAAGACCUACACAGGGCAAACACUGUGUACAGGGAUUUGAAGCCAGAAAAUAUCCUGUUAGAUGAUUAUGGCCACAUCAGAAUAUCUGAUUUGGGUCUAGCUGUUAAAAUUCCUGAGGGUGACUCCAUCCGUGGACGAGUAGGAACAGUUGGUUACAUGGCUCCAGAAGUCUUGAAUAACCAGCGAUAUACCCUUAGCCCUGACUACUGGGGAUUAGGCUGCUUAAUCUAUGAAAUGAUUGCAGGACAGUCACCCUUUCGAGGGAGGAAAGAAAAGGUGAAGCGGGAAGAAGUAGACAGGAGAGUCUUGGAGAUGGAAGAGGUGUAUUCCCAUAAAUUUUCUGAAGAGGCAAAGUCUAUCUGCAAAAUGCUAUUGACCAAAGAUAUGAAACAGAGGCUGGGAUGUCCAGAUGAUGCUGCUGAAGUAAAGAGUCACCCGUUUUUCAAGAGCAUGAAUUUCAAACGUCUCCAAGCAGGAAUGUUGGAACCCCCUUUUGUCCCUGAUCCGAGAGCAGUGUACUGCAAAGAUGUGUUGGAUAUUGAGCAGUUUUCAACUGUCAAGGGAGUAAACCUGGACCAAACAGAUGAUGAUUUCUAUUCCAAGUUUUCUACAGGCUCUGUAUCUAUUCCAUGGCAAAAUGAGAUGAUAGAAACAGAAUGUUUUAAAGAACUAAACAUAUUUGGACCAAAUGGUACUAUUUCACCAGACCUUAACAAAAACUAUCCUCCAGAACCACCGAAGAAAGGAUUGCUACAUCGAAUAUUUAAACGUCAGCAUCAGAACAAUUCCAAGAGCUCUCCAAACUCAAAGACCAAUUUAAAUCAUCACAUAAAUUCCAAUCACGUCAGUUCAAACUCUACUGGGAGCAGUUAGCUUUUUCUGGCUUAUGGAUAUUACAUCCUUCCACUGGUAGAGUAUCAAGCAUCAAGGAUGAGAAGAGCAUCCACCAUCAAGCUAGAAG